CCACCUAUAACCAGUUCCAUCUUUUUUCUGCUUGGAUUGCCUUGCCACCAUGUUGGGUGUCUGCAUUGCACGAUCAUCCCGGGGAACUGGCUUCCCUUCACAACACCAGAGAUUCUUCAAGUGGUCCAUAUCAAGAAAUAAUUAUUCCAGUGAUGUAGCAUAUUGCCCAAUUCGAAGUGUUCUUGUCGCAAACAGAGGUGAGAUUGCUAUAAGAGUGUUUCGAGCAUGUACAGAGCUGGGAAUACGUUCAGUAGCAAUCUAUUCAGAACAGGACAAAAUGCACAUGCAUCGACAGAAGGCAGAUGAAUCAUACCUCGUUGGCAAGGGCCUACCCCCUGUGCAGGCCUAUCUGAACAUUCCUGAAAUCAUUCGAAUAGCUAAGGAGAACAAUGUUGAUGCUGUUCACCCUGGCUAUGGCUUCCUAUCAGAACGUUCAGAUUUUGCUCAGGCUUGCAUUGAUGCUGGUUUACGAUUUAUUGGUCCAAGUCCAAAAGUUGUUGAGCAGAUGGGAGAUAAAGUUGCUGCACGGGAGGCAGCCAUUGGUGCAGGUGUUGCUGUAGUUCCUGGUACUCCUGGUCCUGUAAAUACCUCAGAAGAAGCCAUGGAGUUCUGUCUCAAGCAUGGCCUGCCUGUUAUAUUCAAAGCUGCAUAUGGAGGGGGUGGACGUGGUAUGAGAGUAGUGAGGAAAAUGGAGGAAGUAGAAGAACUGUUUCAACGUGCAAGUUCAGAGGCAAAAGCAGCUUUUGGAAAUGGAGCCAUGUUCAUUGAGAAGUUCAUAGAACGACCUCGUCAUAUUGAGGUUCAGCUUAUGGGAGACAAAGCCGGAAACGUUGUCCACUUUUAUGAGCGAGAUUGUUCAGUUCAGAGGAGACAUCAGAAAGUUGUGGAAAUUGCUCCAGCACCCAAGUUAGAUCCUAAGGUUCGUGAUAGAAUAACAGAGCAGGCUGUGAAUCUAGCCAAGCAUGUUGGCUACGAGAAUGCUGGCACCGUGGAAUUCCUGUCAGAUGAAUCUGGGAACUUUUACUUUAUUGAAGUGAAUGCUAGGCUUCAGGUAGAACAUACAGUUACUGAAGAAAUAACUGGAAUUGAUUUAGUACAGACACAAAUCAGAGUGGCAGAAGGCAUGACACUUCCUGAAAUGGGGUUGACACAAGAAAAGAUAACCCCCCAAGGUUAUGCAAUACAGUGUCGAGUUACCACUGAGGAUCCAGCCAAGAACUUCCAACCUGAUACUGGAAGAAUAGAGGUGUUCCGCAGUGGAGAAGGGAUGGGUAUUCGUCUUGAUGGUGCUUCAGCAUUUGCUGGUGCUAUUAUAUCCCCAUACUAUGACUCCCUCCUAGUCAAGGUAAUUGCUCACGCUGGAGACCUGCAAGCCUCAGCUGCCAAGAUGAACCGUGCCCUUAGGGAGUUUCGAGUGCGAGGCGUUAAGACAAACAUUCCAUUCCUAUUGAAUGUACUGGAGAAUCAGAAGUUCCUUAGUGGCACACUGGACACAUACUUCAUUGAUGAAAACCCUCAGCUCUUCCAUUUACCUCAGUCACUGAACAGGGCGCAGAAGCUGCUGAACUACAUUGGAACGGUGUUGGUGAAUGGACCAUCCACACCUCUGGCCACUAAGCUCAAACCUGCUGAAAUAAGUCCACAUAUUCCUGAAAUACCUAUAGAUUAUUCCACUCGUGGUGCUAGUUCUGAAAGUGACUCUGAAGGAGAUGUACCAGGCCCAGAACCUCCACAAGGAUUCCGUCACAUUCUGAAGGCCCAAGGACCAGAAGCAUUUGCUAAAACUGUACGAAACCACAAGGGUCUAUUGCUGAUGGACACGACGUUCCGUGAUGCACACCAGUCACUCUUGGCAACCCGGGUUCGUUCACAUGAUCUGUUAAGCAUCUCUCCCUAUGUUGCACAUAAUUUCAGUCAACUCUACUCCAUGGAGAAUUGGGGUGGUGCCACAUUUGACGUUGCACUUCGUUUCCUUCAUGAGUGCCCUUGGGAAAGAUUAGAAGACAUGCGUAAGCAGAUUCCCAACAUUCCCUUCCAGAUGUUGCUACGAGGAGCAAAUGCAGUUGGCUAUACGAAUUAUCCUGACAAUGUUGUUUUCAAGUUUUGUGAGCUGUCUGUGCAGGUCGGAAUGGACAUCUUCAGAGUAUUUGACUCACUUAACUACCUCCCCAACCUAGUGCUAGGCAUGGAAGCAGCUGGUAAGGCAGGAGGUGUGGUGGAGGCUGCCAUCUCAUAUACGGGUGAUGUUUCGGACCCCACACGCAAGAAAUAUGACCUCAAGUACUACACCAACCUGGCUGAUGAGCUCGUUAAAGCAGGCACACAUAUCCUAUGCAUAAAGGAUAUGGCUGGACUACUGAAACCAGCUGCAGCGAGACUUCUGAUCACAGCACUGAGAGACAAACAUCCGGAUGUUCCGAUACACAUCCAUACCCAUGAUACAGCUGGAGCAGGUGUGGCUUCUAUGUUGGCUUGUGCGGAGGCAGGAGCAGAUGUUGUUGAUGUAGCAGUAGACUCCAUGUCUGGCAUGACAUCACAACCCAGUAUGGGUGCAAUUGUAGCGUGCCUUCAGGGAAGCAAACUAGAUACAGGCUUGAAUUUGAGUAAUGUGAGUGAAUACUCAGCAUACUGGGAGCAAACUCGAACUCUGUAUGCACCAUUUGAGUGCACCACCACAAUGAAAUCUGGUAAUGCUGAUGUAUACUUGAGUGAGAUCCCCGGAGGACAAUACACAAACCUUCAGUUCCAAGCUUACUCCCUUGGGCUCGAAGAGUUCUUUGAAGAUGUCAAGAAGGCUUACAGGGAAGCUAAUCUUCUCCUUGGUGAUAUAAUAAAGGUGACACCAUCAUCAAAAGUAGUUGGUGAUCUGGCUCAGUUUAUGGUCCAAAAUAAGUUGAGUGCAGAUGAUGUCCUAAGCAAAGCAGAGGAACUGAGUUUCCCCAAGUCAGUCAUUGAAUUUCUCCAAGGUUUCAUAGGUGAGCCUUACCAGGGUUUCCCUGAACCCUUCAGGUCAAAGGUGCUAAAAGAUAUGCCACGUGUGUCAGGCCGCCCAGGGGCAAGCUUAGCACUGCUAGACUUUGACAAGCUCAAAGUAGAACUCAAGGAGAAACACCCGUUCUCAACGGAUCGUGAUGUAAUGAGUGCAGCCCUCUACCCACAAGUCACAGAUGACUACCUCACAUUCCAUGAAAAUUUUGGACCAGUUGAUAAGCUGGAUACACGAAUAUUCCUCACUGGUCCUAAAGUUGGAGAAGAGUUUGAAGUCACUAUUGAGAAGGGUAAGACUCUUGGAAUUAAGACCCUAGCCAUGGCAGAAGACUUAACACCAAAUGGGGAGAGGGAAGUAUUCUUUGAGAUGAAUGGACAGCUUCGAUCAGUCUUCAUCAAGGAUAAGGAAGCUGUCAAGGAACUGCACAUCCACCCGAAGGCCGACAAGAAUGUCAAGGGCCAGGUUGGAGCACCAAUGCCAGGUUCAGUGAUUGACAUUCGUGUAGCUGUCGGAGACAGAGUGGAGAAGGGUGCAGCUUUGGUAGUGCUGUCAGCCAUGAAGAUGGAGAUGGUGGUACAAGCUCCUGUUGCUGGUGUUAUUAAGUCAUUAGACAUUAAGCCCAACAUGAAACUUGAAGGAGAUGACUUACUAAUGACCAUUGAGUGAUCACAUACUGUCAUUUGUUCCACAAAAUGUUCAAAAUAAUGCAAGGGCAGAGGGAGAGAGGCUGAUACAGUUUAUUACCUACCACAGAACUUCUUAUAUUUUGUUUGUGAAUAUGAUCAAUCAAAUGCUUUGUGCAGGGCUCCAUGACAGAAAAAUGAAAGUAAAAAUUGUUACGAUAAAAGGAAGACAUUUUGGAAAUGAAGAGAUAAGCGUUCAUAGUACAUUUAUUUUCUAAUUUCAGAAUGAAAGGAAUAUAUAUAUAUAUAUAUAAGCAAUGGAAUCCCAUUUCUUAAUUUAAGAUUUUCACUCAUAUAAAUGUUGAUUGUUUUGAAUGCAUGGUACAGGAGAUUGAUUCAAUAUGAGAGAAUUAUGGUGUGAUUCACAAGUUAGUGUGUUAACCUUAGAUCAUUCCUAGUUAGAAUUGCCAACAGACAUGAUUCAAGUCCUCAACAAGUAUGGAUUUAUCAUUCCUAGAAUGUUACAAAAAAUAAUUGAACACAUGUAUUUAUAUAUAGUUUUUAUUGAUGGAUUUACAGUAAUUAUUCAAAAUGACCACAGCCUCAAUACACAUCCUAGCUCAUAAGUAAAUUGAGCAUAUGGUUCGUAUUUCUUCAUUAAGUUUGAUGUUUAUGCUUGUUGCAGCAUCCAAAGUGCAAUAUAGCAAUUCAAUUCACCCUAGAUCUUUAAUGUGGCCCUGAGAUAAAAAUCUAGGGAGUUCAGGUCUCAAGUUCUGGGUGGCCAGUGUUGUGGGGCCACCACAACCGAUCCAUUAACCAGGGAAGCGAUGCUCAGGAUGUGUUUUCACUCUGUGGGUAAAAUGGGGAGGCAUUGCAACAUGUUGCAAAUGCAUAUACAAUCAUGAUUCUGGAGGCAUGUCCUUUAAUGGAUUCAGGAAUUCAUUCUCCAGAAAUUUAGAUAAAUGUCACCUGUAGGAUGACCCUUGAAGAUAAAUGGACUGAUCAUCUGAUUGCGAAUGAUACCACACUACACAUUUACACUGAACUGAUGUUAAACAUUCAUUUCCAUAGUAUCAUGGGGCUUUACUUCAGAUCACAGAUGUGGGUUGUUAGUGUUAUUGACCCUGUCAUAGAUAAAAUGAGCUUUGUCACUGGACAUAACACAUCAAUGCUUGAUCCCUGGGUUCGAGAUGCUGAACAUGCUGUACUGUGGUAUCAACACAUGCUUUCCUGUUGUAACAUUCUCGGUGCUCAUGUUCAUGGACUGUGAUGAUGCCUAAUAAUCUGUAGACUGAUUAGGACUUCAUUGUGCCAUCUGUAUAAUGUUUUCCUCUUCAGCCAUACUGCAUCAUGCCAGACAGUCCAUUGAAGAAGGAACACUACAAAACGAACCGCUGUCACACAGUCUUUUGAAGAUGUUGCUAAGUACUCUUCAGUAUGGAAUUCACUGAUUUGGAUACCAUCACUGGUAUUUAG